AAUGCGGGGCGCCAUUGUACUGUGGGGACAUUGUGAUGGUUCAUAUUCCCGGAGAUGAGGGUGUGGAAUUCUGCUAUGAGUACCAGAAUAGGUCCAAUCAAGACAUCAUUAUACAGGCCACUUUCGAUGGCUGCAAGAGCGAGGAAGUGGUCCACUGUGCGGCCGGCAAAGAUGGAUACGACGCGGGCCCAUGCACGUCGGCAGAGACGAUGCGCGCGUAUCGCUUCCGCAAUGUCACAACCCCCGGUAGGGUGUCAGAUCCUCUCAUCACGCAAUGGAAAGUCCUCAUAUUCCGAUGACGGCGCGCCAGAUAAGCUUAAC